AUGAGUGGCAGUGUCGGAAUCGUCAAGCCGAGCGGGAGCCUGGCUGAAGUGUUAUCGGUCCGUUUGUCGCAGUAUGAUGCAGGGGUCGAUUUCACUCGACCCCCUGCACAGCAGGCAGAGACCACCCCUUUCAUAUCAAACGCUCCCAUUAAAGACACUCGAGACUUUUGCAAGGAUACAAACUGCUUGCAGAAAGGAUCUGAGGACAUAUCGCCGGCGAGGCGUCAUGUCACAUCUAUGGUACGGAAUGCCGUCUUGGCAAAUAUAGAAGAACUGGGGCUGAGGAUGAGCUGUGGGGAAGUCAAGUAA